AUGCCUAGUUGUUUUAUAUGUGGGAGAACUAGAAAUGUUAAAUCUAAAUCCGAAAACAUCACUUCACAUUUGCCUAAGGUUAAAAAUGAAUAAACCUAAAAUAAAAAAUUAUUAUUUUUUAUUUCAAUCACAAUGUACUACUGGCUUACACAAUUAGAUAAUAUUUUAUCUUAUCAAUAUUGAUUUAAAACUGGCUAUUAAAUUAGGUAGAUUCUGUUAUUCUUAUAAACUAAUUGUAAUAUAUAUACAAGAUUAUUAUUGUUCCAGUUUUCUUAUAAAAAGUUGUAUUUUUCUAAAAUGGAAUGAAUUUAUUAUUAGAAAUAACCGAACUCUGGAAGAUAUCAAUAAGUUAUAUGUUAUAUGUUCUUGUAAUUUUAUACCAGUCUUUUAUAUCUUGUACAUAAUCAAUACAGAAUAUUACAAAAACAUGCUGUACUAAGUAUAAUAAUAUAUAAGGUGAAAUGUGUAAGUAUUUAGGUUAUAUAUUUUAUUGAAAAUAGUUUAAAUAUAUGGUUUUUUAUAAAUUUAUUUUCUAUAUUAUAGGCAAAAAUUAUAUUUUCUGAACUUAAAGAAGAGGUUCCAAACCAACUCAUAUAUUACUGUAGUUCAAAUCUUCAAAUAAAAAGGAUCCUACUUAAAGUAAUUACAUUUAUUUUUUUUUAAAUUUAUCUAGCACCUAUUACUAAUAAUUUACUUUUUAGCUAACUGAUAAUAGUGAACCUGAGAAGGGUAUUCUACCAUUAGCUGAUCUUGAUUUGGAUCAAUCUAUAGAAAGUGUUUCAUCAGAUACCUUUAAUUUGUUGAUUCUUAUUGUUGCGGUAAGCAAUUUAUAGUUAUACCUAAUAAUUUAUUUUAUUUAAUAUUCAUCAAUAAUUUGUUCUUUAGAAAAAAGUUAAUUCAUCCAAUUAUACUGCCUCUACUGCUUCUGCUGAGGAUACACCAAGACACUAUUUUCUUAAAUAUGGAAUUUGUCAGUUGUCUAAUGAAAUUCAAAUCAAAAACAGUAAAUUAAGAAAAUUACAACAAACUAUUCAACAUCAAAACAAAAAAAUUUCUUUAUGUCAGUUAUCAUUAAAAGUUUAA